GGCGCCGCUACCGGACGAGAGACCGCGCUCUGUACUGGCUUAGCCGUGCCAGCUGCCCGACAGACGAGGAAGUGGAAGCCCUCUCUCCUAGCCUAAGAGCCGUGGCUGCCCGGCGGGCACCAUGGACGAUGUGCGUAGACCCUCCCUUGGCUGCCCCCGCACGCCGUCGACGUGACGCCACCGACACGAACCCCCGCAGGUCACCGUCUCUUUUGAUGAUCAGAACCGCAUCCGCGUGCUCGACGUGGACAAGUUCGCGCACACGGAGGAGCUCGGUAGUGCCGCGAACGACUUCGUCAAAAAAAAUCAGGAGUUCGGCGGCCUCAUGGAUGGGAUUGUGGAGGUCCUCGACGCCAACGCCAAAAGGAUCGAGCAGGCCAAAUUAAGAGCCAUCGGCAUGCGGAAUAGAGUGAUUACGGAGCGGGAGAACCGCGAUCAAAAAAGGAGGGCUUUGCAGGCCUUGGUGGCGGAGCGCGAGGCCGAUUUGGCGCGCGUCGAGGCCCAGGUGAAGUCGUUACGGCAAGUGGAGGCCGAGCAGCAGAACAUCAUCGACAAGUUGGCCGUCGGCGAGGCGUACGGCCGCGUGCCCGUGGAAGGGACCGAGGAGGGGUUCUAAAUUCUGUUCUCUUA